AUGACUGAGUACAUCCUCUCUAGGCGAGUGAGAGGGGAGAUAAGGUUAGAGAUGGGAUUAAGUUUAGCAUUAAGUUUAGGGUUAGGGUGCGGGGUCCGCGGGUGGGGGCGGGGGGCGGCCUGGCUGCGCGCGCUGCCCCGGAUCUGGUCCUAUGGCGUCACCCGCGGCGGACGACUCUUCUUCAUCAACAAGGAGUGUCAGAGCACGAGCUGGCUGCACCCCGUCACCGGAGAGGCCCUGCUCACCGGACACCGACGCCCCACCCCAGAUUUGCCCACCGGCUGGGAGGAGGCCUACACUUUCGAAGGAGCGAGAUAUUAUAUAAAUGAGACAUGA